GCCGGGGCGGUGGGUGGGGCGAAGGAGCCGGGCUCGGGGUCUGGCGACGGCGGCGGCGCAACGGAGGCCGGCGGGAUGGGGCGGCGGGCGCGUCUCGCGCUGCUGCUGUGUGUCGUGGUUCUGCGGGCCGCGGGGUUGGCGGCGGCUGAUGAAGAAGGGAAUCAAGAUGAAUCACUGGAGUCAGAGGCUUUACCUGCAGAGGACCAGGUGAAGGACCAUUCUGCAGGAACUCGAGUGGUAGCAGGUCAGAUCUUUCUUGAAUCAGGGAAGUCAGGCUCUCAGCCUGAGGAUGAAGAGAACUUCCACAGUCAAGAGGAAGAAAAAGAGAAUUCUCUGGAAGAGUUGAACUCUCUAGACAUGUCUGACCUAUUAAAUAAGGAUUUGGAAGAUGCAGAAAUACAGAGUCCAGUUUUGACAGCUAUUGGAGGCACUGCAGAUGGUGAACCUUGCCACUUCCCCUUUUUGUUUAUGGAGAAGGAAUAUGCAGAGUGUACUGCAGAUGGGAGGGAAGAUGGCAGGCUUUGGUGUGCAACAACCUAUGAUUACAAGAAAGAUCAAAAGUGGGGCUUCUGUGAAACUGAAGAGCAGUCCAAAAAGAGGAGGCAGAUGCAAGAAGCUGAGGAUAUUUAUCAGACUGGAAUGAAAAUCCUUAAUGAAAGCACCAAAAAGGCUCAGAAGAAAGAAGCAUAUCAAUAUCUUCUGAAGGCAGCUGACAUGAAUCAUACCAAGGCAAUGGAGAAAGUGUCUUACGCAUUGUUGUUUGGGGAUUACUUGAAGCAGAACAUACAGUCAUCUAAAGAGCUAUUUGAAAAACUAACAGAAGAAGGUUCUCCUAAAGGACAAAUGGCCCUUGGAUUUCUGUAUGCAUCUGGUCUAGGAGUCAAUUCUAGUCAAGCUAAGGCCCUGGUCUACUACACAUUUGGAGCUUUAGGAGGAAAUCUGAUAGCCCAUAUGAUCUUGGGUUACCGUUACUGGGCUGGGAUAGGAGUCCUGCAAAGCUGUGAAUCUGCUCUCACUCACUAUCGACUUGUAGCUAAUCACGUUGCUAGUGAUAUUUCAUUGACUGGUGGAACAGUGGUUCAACGGAUUCGCUUAGCAGAUGAAGUAGAAAAUCCAGGAAUGGCAAGUGGAAUGCUGGAAGAAGACUUGAUUCAGUAUUACCAGUUUGUAGCAGAGAAAGGAGAUGUACAAGCACAGGUUGGUCUUGGACAAUUGCACUUGCAUGGAGGAAGAGGAGUAGAGCAAAAUCAUCAGCGUGCAUUUGAGUACUUCAAUCAAGCAGCUAAUGCUGGCAACUCACAUGCCAUGGCCUUUCUAGGAAAGAUGUACUCAGAAGGAAGUGAUGUUGUACCUCAGAAUAAUGAAACAGCUCUUCAGUAUUUCAAGAAAGCUGCUGAUAUGGGUAAUCCGGUUGGGCAGAGUGGGUUAGGAAUGGCUUAUCUCUAUGGAAGAGGUGUUCCAGUGAACUAUGAGCUAGCUCUGAAGUACUUCCAGAAGGCUGCAGAACAGGGAUGGGUUGAUGGACAACUUCAGCUGGGUUCCAUGUAUUACAAUGGUAUUGGAGUCAAGAGAGACUAUAAACAAGCUUUGAAAUAUUUUAAUCUGGCCUCCCAGGGUGGCCAUAUUUUGGCUUUUUACAAUCUGGCUCAGAUGCAUGCUACUGGCACUGGAGUGAUGCGUUCUUGUCAUACUGCUGUUGAGUUGUUUAAGAAUGUUUGUGAACGAGGACGCUGGUCUGAAAGACUUAUGACUGCAUACAACAGCUAUAAAGAUGGCGAUUCAAAUUCUGCUGUUGUUCAGUAUCUUCUUUUGGCAGAACAAGGCUAUGAAGUUGCACAAAGCAAUGCUGCUUUCAUACUUGAUCAAAAAGAAGCUAGCAUAGUAGGAGAAAAUGAAACAUAUCCACGAGCAUUGCUUCACUGGAAUAGAGCAGCUUCUCAAGGAUACACAGUUGCAAGAAUUAAACUUGGAGAUUACCAUUUCUAUGGAUUUGGUACUGAUGUUGAUUAUGAAACAGCAUUUAUUCACUAUCGACUGGCAUCAGAGCAGCAGCACAGUGCCCAAGCGAUGUUCAAUCUGGGCUACAUGCAUGAGAAGGGAUUGGGCAUCAAGCAGGAUAUUCAUCUUGCAAAACGAUUCUAUGAUAUGGCUGCUGAAGCAAGCCCAGAUGCCCAGGUUCCAGUCUUCCUAGCUCUUUGCAAGCUUGGAGUGAUAUACUCUAUGCAGUAUAUACGAGAAAUCAAUUUAAGGGAAGUCUUCUCACAUAUUGAUAUGGACCAGCUGCUUGGGCCUGAGUGGGACCUUUACCUUAUGACCAUCAUCACCUUGCUUCUGGGAACAAUUAUAGCUUAUAGACAAAGGCAACAUCAGGCAAUUCCCAGACCAGCAGGACUACGACCAGCUGUGCCUCAACAAGAACCACCACCUCCAGAGCAUCAACCACCACAAUAGCAACAAGGGCCUCGGUAAAAGAACUGGAUUUUUCCAAGAAGAACAACUUUCAUUGUGAUUUAGGACUUCAGAUUAAUGGUCCCUUCCAUAAAAGAGGCACAGAGAAGUUAAUAAGGAUUGAAGUAUGAAAGCUGCUUAGAAUGAUGCCUUUUUUCAGGGAUAAGAAAUUUCUUCUGAAACUGAUUUGAAUGUUAUUUCAGUGCCAAUGGAAUAACACUAUGGCUUUUUUCAUGGAAACACAAGUGUGCUACUACAAAAAAUGUUGCCUGCUGUAUCUAGUUUCUCUUUAUUCGGAGUCCUUUUCAUCUUAGAGAGAGAGAGAGAAGGCUAGCAUUAGAAGAUUUUUGCCUGUCUGAUAGCAGCUGCCCUAUAAAAAUAAUGAAUUUAUGGCUGGUUUCAUUCCAAGAAGCUGAACUGUAUUUGAAGUCCAAAACAGUUGGAGCUCUAUGAAUUCAUAUUCUGAUCUCCACCUCAAGUAUUUCUACAAUCCUUAUUUGAUUUAUUUCUUACUCUUUGGUCUUCUAUGCUGUCUUGAAUGGUUUAAUCUGGAUUAUUUAUAAGUUCUGUAAAACUAAACCAGCAAACAUGUAAUUGCAUUUGUGCUUUUUUUUUUUUCCAGUAUUUUCCCUCAUUAUCAUCAAAGUAGACAGUUGUCAACAGUUAGUAUAUAGCCCAGGAGGAGAGUUGAAAUAGAUACAGUUUGUAAAACUAAUUAGUUGAAAACUGUGCAGGCCCGGAUCUCACAUCCUUCUAAAAAGUUUUUUGGAGCCUCUUAACUUGCAAUCCUUAGUAAUGUAAGGAAAAGUUAGUAGUAUCUUUAAAUAGUGUAACCUUGUUGUUACAGACAUGCCAAGCCUAUUUACAUUGCAGAAAGCAGCAGAGUUAGUGUGGGCACUGAAGAAAGUACAGAACCAUACGCCUUCCUGGUUUUAAGUAGAGAAAACCUUGUAUUUUAUUUCCAACAAUGCUUCAUGUUAUCUGCACUGUAAGAAGAUCCUCUUGCAGAUGAAGUGUAGUAUCUUAUGUGCAUCUGUUUAAUGCAUCCGCAGCGAAAAAAUAGAAGGGUCCCAAAGGCAUGUACUUUCUACAGAAAGGUGUGGAUUUAAGCCAGUGAUGCUACAAGUUCAGUUAACUGAUUAAAAAAUCCUGUGUUAAAUCACAGCAGUGGCCUACCCUUUUUGUACUGGGCAUACAUAAGAAAGUCAGCCAAUGUUUGAGUAGCUGUACAACCUGAGGAUCCCUGUAACAAAAUCUGAAGACAGCUAAUGUUAUUGACUCUUGACACCACCAAGUUAGUAUUGGCCUUUUUUGGAGUAUAGAGAGUAUGUAUGACCUGUGGGCAUAUGUUUUUAGACUGCAAGAAGCUAGUGACAGUUUGUCAUUGAACUACAAUUUCAGAGUAUGAGGUUGGAAAACAGUAUCUUAGGUGUAACAAAUACAGAUGUUUGUGCUCUUGGCAAAUCAGUUAAGUACCUAUUUCUGUGCUAGCGUUUAAACUCCUGAAUAUGCUGUCCUGUCUUAAAGUAGAAUGAAAUACAAAGAUAAGGCUUUAGCUUCUCUCUGACAAAAUCUACUUCAUUCAAAGGGUUAAGAGCUUUCUUUCAUAUACUUUUUUCAGUGCGUUGGCAGCUUCAGUGCAUUGGCAUAGACUUUGAUCUGUUUUUAUACUUAAUGCAAUUGUUGCAUAAUAUAUCUGUAGUUUGGGAGAGAGGGAAAGAUGCUAUUCUGUGAACUGAAACGUCAUGGAUGACUUAAUAUUAAAAUAGAGGUAGAGCUUCUCAGUACUUGAAAAUGUUUCUUCUGGUUAUGUGGAGACAAAUCCAUUGUUGUAGUUUGAUGGAGGGUUGCAGCAUGUGGCAGAGGAAUGUUUUUGUUUCAGUCUUUUUCAUCAUUAUCAGUUGGAACAGUAUUGAACUGAAAUGUAGAGUCUGGAAUGUACGGCACUUCCCAGUUGCAUUUCUGAGGUACCUGUGACUUCUGAGCACUUCUUCUGACCUCUUUCUUUUUGCCUCUGUCACCUAAUAGUUCUUUUCUAGCUCAGCAUGAAUAAAUUAAAGAUUAUAUGGGAAAUGUUUUCCAGUUAACUAUCACUGAUUCGUUGAUCUCUUAGGAUGUUUAAUAAUUUUGUUAAUGCUUUAUUAAAAUGUUUUUGUUGUUUUUAUCUGCUAGAACUAAAUUCUAAAAGCUCUGUUUGCAUGAGACUCUCUCAUCAUUGUUGCUAUGUGACAGUCUUACAGCUAGAUUUUCACUGAACUGAUGCAUUUUUACAGCUAAGAAAUCAGCAGAAGAAAAUGGCUGGAGAUCAGCGAAUUAUUCCAUUUUACAGAACUGCUUUUUGAAGAAGCAAUAAGGAAGUCUUUCUGCUUUUUUCCCUGCUUUCUACCAAAUUGCUACCACUAACUUUUUUCAGAUGACAUUCAUUUGAGUGAAGUGGUAGUAGUAAAGAAGUACUUACCAGGAGUAAUAGCAAGUUAACUCAGGGAUUAAAGAAAUGAAUACAUUUUCUAAACCAUUUGUCAUACAACAUCACUUCAGCUUCUGAGACAAUCCCUUGCUACUCUACUCUGAAACUUGCAUUUUGAGAGAAAUGUGUUUAACUCUUACUAGCAAUAUGUUUCUUGUGUGCUUGGUUUGUCAAACUGCUUUUUUCCCUGAGGAAUUGGAUUGCUCAGUUGUUUGUGGUGAAGUGCUCUUCCCUUUUGGUAAUAGAUUGUCCUAUAGCUUGUAUGCAGAAUUAUUUUAGAAGGGAUACUUAAAAUUAAGAUAAGCAUUUUUACUUAUCUGAAGUGUUUUUUGAAUGGAAAAACUGUAUUCUUUGUGAUGACUUAGGUCAAAUAGGCAUGCUCUGGCCUUCCCAGACACCUGCUGUUUUCUCCCUGAAGGGAAAAUAACAACUAUAAAGAGCAGUAACUAUUGUCAGUGGGAGUUCUGUAUGCAAGAAAACAGUGGAAAGAUGUGGUGGGAAAUAUUUUUCUACACCUGCAUCGUUAAAUAAGCACAUCAGCUGCUUCAGCUGUUCUUGCAGUCUGAAAAUAACAUGAAACUGUUGAGAAAACUAAGAUUCUACUUCUUCCCUUUGAGAUUUGCCCCAGGGCUUAAUCUAUCAAAACAAUUUUCCUUGCUUUGUGUGUCUGUUGUAGGAGAAUCUAAGUGCAGGUAAAACCUUUGAUAUAAAUAUCCCAGUGAGACUCCUGAAGCAAACUUUAUUUACUUAGUCAUCUUCCAUGAAACAUCAGCUGCUCUUAUUAAACUUAAAAGUUUAAAAAAUAAAAAAAAUUAAAAAAUUAAAAAAAAAAAAGAACUAUCAAAUAUUCUUCUUGGAGAAGAGCAUUAAAUUGUGGGUUGUGAAAGGACUUUUAAGACUAUGCAUUAUUUAGUUUCCACCUACUUUAUGCUAGUUUUGGCCUUUAAGGAUUAUAUUACAGGGGGUCAUAGUCACCUUUGCAAGUUGCUUUAUUUUUAGAUAGGCAACAAUAAACUGAAAUUUUAUUUUUGUUUCAGAGAAUAUUAAACUAAACAAAACUUAGUUUGGUUUGAGAACUACUGGAAAUGCAUAUGGCAUAGGAUUCCCCCCUCAAAUAGUCCUUUGUUUUUAUUGGCUGCAGUUCUUUAAAGAGUCUUGUAGGACUUUUGUAAAUUUAUUUUGUAUUUAAAAUCAGUAUAAAGGCUGGUCAAAUGUAAUAUAAUUGUGUAAACAAAUUCUGUUAAUAGAAAGAUGUACAGAUUCAUUUUGUACUGUAUCUUUAAUCUUGUGAAAUAAAGAUACCACUUGUGUGGUUACAUUCAGUGUUUA